ACGUGGAUCACUUUCUAAACUGCAACAAACAAAGAAAGGAAACUAUCAACCCUCUAAAAUAGGUAGAGAGAUAUUAGGAUCUGUUCAUUUAAUAUAAAUCCAUUUCCACUGAAGAGUGAGUAAUGAGUGAGUGAUCAUUGGAGCCAGUGUUUUAGUUUACAAACACAAAUCCAAUCUAUCAUGUUCAACCUUUUCCUUACCAGAGCUUCCAGGCUUUCAUCUCUUACCAAACACAAUGCUCUUCCUUCUUUCAGUCUUUACCGGGAUGUCCAUUCAAUACCACUUGCCACAGUAGAAGCAGAAGAGAUAUCUGGUGCAAGGCCUGCUGAAGUUUUGAACUUGGUACAGGGCAAAUGGAGUGGAUCAUCAAACUGGAAUACAAUUGUGGAUCCUUUAAAUGGAGAGCCAUUUAUUAAAGUCGCUGAAGUUGAUGAAGCAGGUGUUCAGCCUUUUGUAGAAAGCUUGACCAGCUGUCCCAAACAUGGUUUACACAAUCCUUUUAAGGCACCAGAGAGAUAUCUUAUGUAUGGAGACAUAUCUGCUAAGGCAGCUCACAUGCUAUCACUUCCUAAGGUUUCAGAUUUCUUUACAAGGCUAAUACAGAGAGUUUCUCCAAAGAGUUAUCAGCAGGCUUAUGCGGAAGUUUAUGUGACACAGAAGUUUCUAGAGAAUUUCUGUGGAGAUCAGGUUCGCUUCCUGGCUAGAUCUUUUGCAGUACCUGGAAAUCAUCUCGGGCAGCAAAGUCAUGGCUUUCGUUGGCCAUAUGGUCCGGUGGCAAUUGUUACUCCUUUUAAUUUUCCCCUAGAGAUUCCAGUCCUUCAAUUAAUGGGUGCACUUUAUAUGGGCAACAAGCCAGUCCUUAAAGUUGAUAGCAAGGUGAGCAUUGUUAUGGAGCAAAUGUUGCGCCUUCUUCAUUCCUGUGGCUUACCUGUAGAAGAUGUGGACUUCAUAAAUUGUGAUGGAAAGACAAUGAACAAGCUGCUGCUAGAGGCAAAUCCAAGAAUGACCCUUUUCACCGGUAGUUCAAGAGUGGCAGAGAAGUUGGCUGUUGAUUUGAAGGGUCGUGUUAAAUUGGAAGAUGCUGGAUUUGACUGGAAAAUAUUGGGCCCUGAUGUCCAUCAGGAAGAUUACAUUGCAUGGGUAUGUGACCAGGAUGCAUAUGCAUGCAGCGGUCAGAAGUGCUCAGCACAAUCAUUGUUAUUUAUGCAUGAGAACUGGUCCAAGACUUCCUUGAUAUCUAAGAUGAAAGAUCUUGCUGAGAGAAGAAAGCUAGCAGAUUUGACAAUUGGCCCAGUCCUUACUUUUACAACUGAAUCAUUGCUAGAGCACAAAAAUAAGUUACUUGAGAUACCGGGAUCAAAGCUGCUCUUUGGGGGUCAGCCUUUGGAGGAUCAUUCGAUUCCGCAAAUUUAUGGUGCUAUUAAACCAACUGCAGUUUAUGUUCCACUUGAGGAAAUUGUGAAGGAUAAGAAUUAUGAGCUUGUGACAAAAGAAAUAUUUGGACCUUUUCAGGUUGUUACUGACUACACAAGCAAUCAACUACCAAUUGUAUUGGAUGUUUUGGAAAAAAUGCAUGCACAUUUAACUGCCGCCGUAGUUUCAAACGAUCCUUUAUUUUUACAAGAAGUAAUUGGGAAAUCAGUAAAUGGCACUACUUAUGCAGGUCUAAGAGCAAGAACAACUGGAGCUCCACAAAACCACUGGUUUGGACCUGCUGGUGACCCAAGGGGUGCAGGAAUUGGAACUCCAGAGGCAAUAAAACUUGUAUGGUCUUGCCAUAGAGAAAUAAUUUAUGAUUAUGGACCAGUAUCAAAUGAUUGGGAAAUUCCUGCGUCAUCAUGAAAGGUCCUAUGUAAGAGACUAAGAAGUUAGAUGGCGAAUUAGUAUGUAUGUCCCUAACAGUUUUAGAUUUUAGAAUAAAUUUUAGGGAUCUCGGGUUUUCAUUAGUAGUAGAAAAUGAGGUAGUAUUAUUCCCUUCGCUAUUGUAUGCUCAAGAGUAAACUUUAGUAAAUUGAGUUUUGAUUAGCUUUAAUUAUCCUUUUGUGUACAAGUCUAGCUAUCAUGAUAACAACGGAAGCAAUUUUUUACAAGCAUGCAUUAAUGAAAA